GUAUCACUCUUCUAUAUAUAGUGAGAACAAAUCCCAGAUAUGAGAGGAAUCCUUCUACCACUUAGAGGCAGGGAGAAAGAGAGAGAGAGAGAGGGUGGGGAGAAGAAGAAAAGAGAAAGAAAAAAGAAAGAGAUGGAGAGUCGAGAGGAAACGAAUGUAUGAGAGAUAGAUCGAAAGUUUAAGUGAACAAACCAGAGAGGUCCAAGAGUAUAGAAUCGACCAUUAGACGAUACAGUACUGUGCCAUCAACAGGUCAGUGGACUUACCGGGGCGAUUAUGUCCAAACCAUCGUCCAACGUUAAGGCCCUUCAGGCUAAUUUGAACAUCCCGAUGGGAGCUCUGCGUCCAGGGGCGGGACAUCCUGUCAAGAGGAGAGAGGAGACAGUAGACACAGAGGAGGCUCAUUCGCCAGAGCAGCAGAGGGAUGCUCCCCAGACGCCGGAGGAAAAGAAGGCGUUGCCGGGUGCGGUGAAACUGCCUGGGCCUGCCGUUAACCUAUCAGAGCUGCAGAACGUCAAGAGCGAACUACGAUGGGUCACCAAGGAUUAACAGGAGCCCCAGCCAGGCGGAGAGAGGAAGGCAGAUAAUCUUCAUAGACACAGACUUGCCCACUGCCACCGAAGAAUAGCAAACUACAGUCCAAUCCCAACAUGUUCGGCAACAGCUCUCUGUGAAGCCAACGUCUGCAGGAAGUGUUCAAGAUUCAGCCUAUAAAACUACCGGGAAGCAGACAUCCACAAACUCUCUUUCAAUCAGUACUCUAACAGGUUGAAACACUAAAUACAGUUUAUCUUACCAUGUCAGUUGAUGUUGUUUUGUCUCUAAAUCCAAAUUUAAAUCAUAAUUUAAAUAAAAAGUACUGUAGAGAUAAAGCAAGAUAAUCUGACUUCUUCCUACUGCAGGUGAGCCUCCACUUUACUUGGACUUUUAGAAGUAAGCAAGUUGGAUUGCAAUAAAGGGAUAUUCUUUGCUACUUUUGCUUUAGAGGUUGUUUUAACAAAAGCAAUAUCUUAAAUCCGAUGGACAUUUGUUGACAAUCGACAUGAAUUCAAGGAAUCCACCUUGACAAAAGCAAAAACUGUGAUUCCCCUUCUAACUCUGUGAUGAACAACAUGAAGACACUUCUUUUCCGUACUUUCAAACUAUUCAGCACUGAUUUAUACUGAUGCUUUCUAUUAAAUUAUUCAUUUCUAAAUGUUGUUCACAACAGGUGACAGGAUAUAAGUUCAACUGUACUUCUUUUUUGGUUUUGAAAUUAUAAUAUUUUUGUUGUUUCAUUGUUAUGAUUCCCAGAAACUGCUAUCUUCAGGAAAAUACUGCAAUAAAUCAAGAUGGUUCAAAUAA